AUGUUGUAUAAUAAGGACGGUUACUGCUACACCCAAAACUAUAAUAUAAACCCUUAUGCCAACAAAUAUAUCGCAAAUUACAAUUUUGGUGCGUUGACACAUAAAGAUAUGGUGCAGCAAGAGCCUUUAUCUACUGGCUUGCUGGACAACUUUGCCAGUACUAAUUCCACUAUCGACGGAGAUUCGCCUCUGGCUGAAUCUGACGUUAGCAUAACACCAGACGGUACUAGAGCUCCGGCAAAUCGUCGAGACCCAAUUUAUACUGCAGUUCCAGGUCUUAAGUGGAAGUCCAAGAGUAAGAAGUGGGUUGUGAGAUGGGAUAACCCGAUUACCAAUAGGCGUGUUUACAAAUAUUUCUCGGGACAAAGAUAUGGAUUUAUUGGUGCUCACAAGCGCGCUGCUUAUUAUUUGGAGUUUUUAAAUGCGUCGGUUGGCAAGGGUACCGUUUCUAGUGGUGAAAAUCCUUUUUGUAGGCGAAAUGAAGGACCACCUAAGGGAAAAUCAAAUAAGGGGUUGCAAAGAAAGUAUAGACAAGGCUCUCACUAUCAAAAUAGAACAGCUUGCAAUAAACCAUCUGAUUAUCAAUACUCUAAUGCUUCUGGACGGACAUAUAGCAUGAAUAAUAAUAAUAUCAAUGAAAUGACCGGCGGAAUGAUGGAAAUACUUUCAGUUGACAAUUUGUCCAACCCACUAGUUACGGAUGUACAGUAUAUACACCAAGGAAAUGCUGGUGGUGCUGAUAAUAAUCUAGAUAAAAGACUUUUUACUGAUUAUACAGAAAUGUUCAAUAACUGGAAGUCUCACACUGCUUCACAGUACUCUGGUGAACAACACACGGGUGAACAAAAUGUUGGAAGCAUUGGCAUGCUUAAUUAUCCCACAUACGUUUAUAACCCACAAAACUACUUAAAUCAAUUUAGUGAGUAUGAUGUUGACGAAAGAUAUUACCAACCUCUUCCAUACCUUGAUCAGGUUAGUCAACCCAAUUCGCAUUAUCAACAAACCAGUAAUGAACCACAGCAAUUGGUCGAUGUGUUGAAUAUAGAUAAUCAGAGAAAAUUCGAUCCUAUUAAUUGUAAAUCAACAUGCGCUGCAGAUAAAGAUACCAGUUAUCAGACACCAAUCCAAUCCAGCGAUUAUUUGAAUUAUUCAAAUACUGAAUGUUGUCAGACGCCAUUUGAACGCCAACUGCCUAAUGCCUACAACAAUAUGUUUGACAAUAUGGACUAUUAUAGCAUGGAAGAUCUUAACAAUAAAUCUACAGACAAUUUGUUGCAGAAUAUUUCUGCCAAUUGGACUUGUAGAUCUGAUAAUCAGGGAAUAUGUUGUACAAAAGUGCAGAAUAAUGGUGGGAAUUGUAAUAUCGGCAACAGUAAUGCUGAUUGCAGUGAUAAACUAGGUAAAAGAGGAAAUUGUAGUAAUUGUGAUGUGAAUUGGAAAGUAUCAAAACGCACCAAUCAGUAA